GAAAUGUGCAGCUGUGGCUGAGAGCGUCUUGACGCCGGGCUAAUGAGACGCGCUGGCGUGGGCCUGAUCAUCGGUGGCCAGUCACUUGAGAGACUUCCACAGGCGCCCGGGGGAUUUUUUUUUUUUGCGCUCGGCCCUUCACUGUGCUGCGUUUUCCGACAGCUAAUAGAUUUCUCUGCAUCUAACCCAGCUCUGCACACUGGCUUCUAUUCAUUACUCCCAAAUGAGCCACAACAACAGCCGGGGAGCAAGGCGGCAGAAGUAAUGGGGCCAGGCUGCACGGACCGACGUGGAGUUUACAGCUCGGAUGCAUCCGCUCUGCCACAGGGGUGUCCGUCCGCAUUACGUCCACUCAUGCUAACAGCAGUGUGGUGUCCAUUCAUUACCGCAUGCGAGUUUCAGCCUGGAGAGAAGAAGCCGUUAAUAAUACAUGCGAUGUGGCCCAACACGCGGCUCCACACGUCAGCGACACUGGCCUUUGUCUGUGGCCACGACCCACACCCACUCGUUUGCACAGUCGCCAGUCUGUCGUCUACUUCUGGUCUGUUUGCAGUCGCUCUCAGAUUUUUUUUUUUGCCGGUUCGAGGUUGUGCAACAGGAACUUGUUUGCCUCCCUCUGUCUUUCUCUCCGUCGACGUAGUGAAUGAGCCGCGUGCCUGGGUCAUGUGAUGGCCGGGCGACGCUGGGUCACCCUGGAGCGUUCCAUUUGGAACUGGUCACUGUGUCGGGGGUUACGGGAGGCUAGAGGCCUCUACGGGAAAACGCAGGAGCCGAGUACACGCUUGGGCUCCUUCCCGUCAGUUCUGUGGGCUCACACAGCUGGAAGACACGUGACGCCGACUCGGAGCCGCCGAUCGGUGUGUCACAGUUGGCUUCGCGGAGGAGCCGCGCUGCCGAGCCUGCAGGAAUGCCCCUGGGGCGAAGCGCCUCAGCGAGCAAUGAAGCGCUGUUGCGAAAUAGUGAUCAGGAAACAUGGCGCUCACUGUACGCGGUUAACCAGAUGUGUUGGAAUGCGGUCGGUACGAGCAGCUCCUCUGAUGCGACAAAUCCGGACAGUCACGGCAUUACGUUUAACAAGAACUCUUAUACUGCAUUAAUUGCCUCAAUUUGUGGAGCCUGGUGUGCGACUUGGAGUGGAAAGUCCACAUCGCAAAGUUCUCCCUGUUGGUGGGCUCCAUCUUCGGGUACCUAGUGUUUGGAAUCCUCGCCGACUGGUUCGGCCGCCACCCGGUGCUGAUCAUAUCGGUGCUGUUCAUGUUGGUGUUCGGCCUGACGGUGGCCUUCUCCGUCAACGUCCCCAUGUUCAGCACCCUGCGCUUCUUUGAAGGCUUCUGCCUGGCGGGGAUCGUCCUCUCUCUCUACGUCCUCCGGAUCGAGCUGUGCCUGCCCGGGUGGCGCUUCUCCGUGACCAUGGUGGCCAGCUUUGUGAUGCUGGGUGGCCAGCUGCUGAUGCCCGGGGUGGCCUACCUCUGUCGAGACUGGCAGGUCCUGCAAGCUGUCAUCAUCUGCCCCCUGCUGCUGAUGCUGUCCUACAUCUGGCUGUUCCCUGAGUCACUGCGUUGGCUGCUGGCCACUCAGCAGUACUGCCGCUCCAAAUGGAUCGUGGGGCACAUCGUGAAGAAAAACCAGAUGAGGAACAUGGAGCUGGACACAGAGCUGCAGCGAGCGCUGCAGAAGAGGCCCAAAAAGACGUGCAUCGUGAAAAUGGUCGGGACGCGGAACCUGUGGAAGAACAUCGUGGUGCUCUGCGUCAACUCGCUGACGGGCUACGGGAUCCACCACUGCUUCGCCCGCAGCCUGAGGGACCCCGAGGCGGAGGACACCACCAUGUUCCGCAGCUUCUAUGCAGACUACUACACCAUGGCGGCCAUCGCCGUGGCCUCCUGCCUGGCGCUGUGCCCGGCCGUGGGCCUGAUGGGCCGGCGCGGCGGCCUCCUGCUGUUCAUGAUCAUCACCGCGCUGGCGUCGCUGCUGCAGCUGGGGCUGCUCAACCUGCUGGGGAAGUACAGCGGCCACCUGAACAUAGACAGCUCGGGCACGCUGAACACCAACUUCUCCAUCGCCUUCUCCAUCAUCGGCAUGUUUUCCUCGCAUGCAGUCAGCAACCUGAGCAUCUUCUUCUGUGCUGAGAUCACGCCCACUGUGAUCAGGGGCGGCGGCCUGGGCCUGGUCCUCGCCAGCGCCGGCUUCGGCAUGCUGACGGCGCCCAUCAUGGAGCUCCACAACCAGAAGGGCUACUUCCUCCACCACAUCAUCUUCGCCUGCUGCACGCUGAUCUGCAUCAUCUGCAUCCUCCUGCUGCCCGAGAUGCGCGACCAGCCGCUCCCGGAGACGCUGGCCGACGUGGAGGUCUACAGCCGCCCGCCGCUCCUGUCGCAGCGGCGCGCCGAGCAGGGCUUCCUGCUGACGCGCUCCGAGAGCAGCCGGGUGUACACGCGCGUGCAGGGCACGCCGCUGCACGAGGCCGCCGCCACCGCCGUGUCCACCAUGGACUCCACCGCCUCCUCGGCCGUGGAUCUGACGGCGCCCUCCGUCGGCGACGCGUCCGCCCCCGCCUUAACGGAGGCGCGUUCGGCCGAACCCGAGGCCAAAGGCCCCAACGGUCACUCAGCGUCCGCCCCGUCCACCGUCCCCAUCACUACUCUGGGCAAAGACGGCGUAAUCCACCUGAGCACGGAGAACCUGCUGUCGUCCACUCCUUUACACGCCGCCUCCUGCAACACGGACCCACUUUUAACCAGUGCAGAGGUACUUCCAGCAUCCGCUUUGGAUCACGUUGAGCCCCAGAUGGACUCUGUUCCUCCCGAAACCACUGACACCGGCGCCUCUCCCGCGGCAGAGUCCGCCGUCGCCCCCGUCUCCUCGGCGGACUCCCCCGCUCCCCCUGUCCCCCCGGUGCCCGCCUCCCUGUUGAUCUGCACCACGCCUGUCAUCGAACCCCAGCCCAGCACCGUCUUAGAAUCCCCAAACCCCGCCAGCAAUGACACUGACGCUAUGGCCCCGAAGCGUGAGCCGCCCCCUGCGGAGCAGCCUCGCGCCGCAAUAGCGCACGACAGCCCCCCAUCCUCCCCCGCCUCCCCCUCCGCGGCCACCGUUUCCCCCUCCGCUGACUCGGGCCUCGUGCCUUCGGAGGACUCCCCCGGUCCUCCCGCCAUAGCUGACGCCGACGCCGCCCCGGGGGGUUCUACCGCCCCCCCCGCCAUAGACACUGCCCACGGUUCUGACCCAGAACCGGCCCCUCUGACUGUCGCAGACAUUGCACCGCACCGAGCUGCUUUCCUAGUCCUGGAGGCCGUACCGCCGUUCAAGACGGAUUCACCCACGCCCCCCUCCAUCGUGGACUGCACCAUCUCCUCCCCCAUAGACUCUGGUGUCCUGUACGCGAGGGACGGCACCGGCACAGCAAGCAGCACUGUUAAUGGCGUGGCGUCCUCAUGAGUCAGUGUUGCAUCCAGAGAAGAAGCUUUAUGGUUGCACCGGGAGGCGGCCCAUGCCACACGACCACCUAAGAGGACGGGGGAACACAACUGUCUCGCUCAGGCUUCAGGCACUUAAUGAGGCGAGUAGACACGUCAUACAGAGCUGCUGUAUGUUCCCCGGUGAAACCCCAACCCGCCCCCCCCACCCUUCCUCUCUGUCUGCAUUUAGCUAAUAAAAGAGGCCACGCAAGUGGCAACGCGAGACCGAGGCUGGUUCGUGACAAUGUGGCAGCAUCGUCCGCUUCUUCUUCUGAAUGUCACUUGGAAAUCACCAGCCUAUAAACUACUUAGAUCUAAAACGAAUGGGGGAAAUCAAGAGACUUAAAGCCACGCCCACAAUCACUAAGAUGUGCCCCGAAGGUGAGGGAUGAAAUGAUGCUUAAAACUAAUUUAAAAAGAAAAUCAGCUGUUUGUCUAACACCUUUGUAUGAAAUCUUGCCUUACCCGUGUGGAGAGGGAAUGAAUGUUACGAAGUACUGUCUGUCGCUGUAAAGGUAAACAAUCCAAAUUGGAAACUUUUUUUUUUUUUAAAUGCAAUGCCAAAAAAAGUCUCUGACCAAAAUAAUUUGUAGACCUAGUGCCAAAAUCUAGACCUGAGACAGUAUUUGCCUGUUUGGGAGCAUGUGUCCCCUGCCAUAGACCAACUGUGGAACCAGACGAACCCAGCUUCAAAGUUCAGAGAUUCAAAUGACAACCAACAAAACGCCGAGGAGCAAUAUCACCAUUUGGCAAAUUAGCAAAUAAGACUGCGCUAAACGUCUUGUCAGCGCUUGGUUCAUGACUUAAAGGAUUAAAAAGAGGACCCAUAGUGUGUCUGCCUGAAAACACUUUUAUAUUUGGUUUCAUUCAAAUUUAAUGAAUGCAAAUGCUUUUAAUUUGUACAUGUGACAUUGUAAGAAAUCACAGAAUAAUUUGUUGAGCUUCAUUCAGUCAUUUUCAUUAUUUUAGUAUUAUUUGACUCUUCUCCCAUGUUGUGCCCUUAGUGUAUGAAGCUUUACUUCAUUCCCACAGGAUUUGUGGCACAUUUAUGUGGUGGCACUUUCUUUUUUUUUUGGCAGUGGGGUCAAAUCAUGAGAAAACAAAGUGUUUUAAAGUUAAAAGUGUCAGCGAAAUGAAUAAGCAAACGUUGAAAAGACAUUGGAAAUCUAACCCGUGGGUGAGAAAGUGUGAGGCGGUUGUCACAGCGACGCAAACCUUCAGUGUGUCAGUCUGAGUCCAUGACCACAUAGAUGAGCUGAUUUGCUUUCUUCAGUCGACAGACUUUCGUUUGAGGAGGCACCUUUUCUUCCAAAGCCUACGUCUCUCAGUGGACGGCGUUAUACUUGACAGUUCUGUGUGAAACCGGGCAGUUAUUGUUACAAACUUCAUUCGUUGGUGGCUGUAGUAUUUGUCUGUGUGAGGGAUAGACCACUGUUUACAGCAAUCCUCAUUAUAAUAAUAAUAAUAAUAAUUAAUAACACAGUACUGUAAAAACCUUGGAGCCAAUUUAAUGAUGUUUCAUCUUUUCGAAUGUGAUCACACGACAGGUCAUUUAUCCAGGGAGCAUCGGUCAUCCAUUAGGGUGUCACCAAGCAGGCGAACCGCCACAAUUCUCGCUUUCUAAUUCAAAUCGCGCCGUGACAACAUCAGCGGAUCGUCUGACGAUGGGAUAAUUCAUACGCGCCGUGGCUGUUCUUGAAUCGAGCGAUGAAAGCUUUUUGGAGGGUUCUCGACGCCAACGGGCUUCCGUUUAGUGAGGAGGUGGGGUAUGAAUAUUUGAUGUCAGACACGCGUGGGUCACGCUGCUCGCUUCAAAGCACAAUGUCCUGACAUCAUGUAAUGUGAGAUUUAGUGGGAAUUGACAUUUCAAUAAAGGGAAACUGAGCAGGGUUUUAUUAUAGAAACAUGUAGUAGGACAUUAAACGUGCAGCAGAGCCACAUGUAAUAACAUGGAACAGGCUGUUUACACUGUACUCAAUGUGGUCGACUGCCGUGGUCAGUAGCUUCACGUUACAGUGAUUCAUCAUCGUCUGUGAGCGUUGCCAUUCGUCCCUGUGUGCGUAUUAAGACUUCAUCCAUGCGUUGCCAGUGUAAAGACAGCGUCGCAGCACAACACAACCAGUCGCCUCUGAAAUCUGUUGCUUCCAGUUGAAAAAUGUUUUCAAUGCAGCUGUUUCACUGCACUGAUGGAAACCCACAUGUUAUUCCUAGUAUUGGGUUCAGCUUUGGAAUAAAGUGAGAUCAAAAUCUGUGAGAGCAACGUUGGCACAAAAACGAAGGUAUGCCUUUGUAAAUAGCAAAAUGUGUGGAAAUACCCAGCUCUGAUUACAUGAAGGAUCCUAGAUAAUAUUAUGGACUGGUGAAUAGUUUUGUUGGUUAAGUCCCCUGUGUACAUUUUAGGUUUUGCUUCUCUCAAAAGUGCAACUCAAAUCUUGUGACAAAAGACUUGAAUGAAUGUAAAAACCAUGGAUUGUACCAUUUAAUAAUUUCCAGUUGUUUGGUUUAAUCUUGUCUUGUUUUAACAGACAUAAUGCACUUGUAUAUAAGCCAUACCUGUUGGUAAAUAAACCACUAUUUAUUGAUCA